AAUCACCUGGGAUUUCAAUAUUUUUUUCUUAUAACUUAUAUUGAUUGAUAAUAUCUCAUCUUAUGACAGCAGGAUGCAAAUAAACUGCCUCGGACGAAUAACAGAUGGAUAAUGUAUUGUUUUUGAAGUCCACCUUAUUAUGUUAUGACUGUAUUUAGAAAAUAUAUAUUAUUGCAAAUCUAAAAAAGGCAUUUAUAAAUAGUAAUUAACCUUCCGUUACCUUUUUCUCUAAUGUAUAUCUCGCUGUCCAAAUGUGAAAUAAAUGUCAAUUAAUUAUGUUUAUAAACCAUAAUUUGAUGAAUUAUGAACUGCGUCCUGUAGAAUAAAUCGAUAUACCUUACAAAUUUCCUCUAAAAUCUCAUCACGUAAAUAUGCGGACAUGAGUUCAGAUCAUUCUUUGCGACAGCAAAGAAUAACUUCAAUUCCUAAUAAUUCUCAGUAUUUAUCUAGUAAUUCCAGGGUGGACGAUAAACACCAAAUCAUAAUUUUACAGCAGCCACCUGAAAGGGAUAAGCAAAGUAGACCUCACUCACCGAAGAUCAUAGAAAAUCAUCCGAACCUUAAACAAUUUAAUACCUCCGUCAAUCGUAAACAAAGGAGAACUUCCUCGCAUUCCCACCAAGAUCUAUUUACCGGCAAUGGUAAUUGUUUAAUCGAAAAAGUAGUCGCUAUCAACGUUAAAUCGCAACCCAAUUUAUCCGCCCAUUCUCAGAACCAUUCCAACACUGCCACCGGCAUAUCCGAUUCCGCCUUUAAACUAAGUCAUUCAGCUGGCCAAAUUCAUCAAGAUUCUCUAGUCCCCUCUGAAUCACCUGCUAACUUAGAAAAUGGGUUAUUUAAUUCUUAUUCCGACCGAUCUGAUAGGUCAUCAAGCACAGUUAAUUCACAAAAGUCAUCACUUCAUAUCUGUCAAGGUGACUAUUCAAAUCUCUGCCGUCAGAUUUUCGUCCCACCUUCGAUAUUAAUGAUCGCCUCGAAUAUUACACCCGAAAAAAGAACAGAAAAGAUUUUGAUCAAACCCAAUCUCGUUUACUCCAACAAAAACAACAACAAUAGCAACAGUAGCGGGGCUGACACCGACGAAGGUCAGAAGAAGCCAGAUAACAACCCGAUCGAUAAACGUAACUCAAUAGCAUCUAUCGUGAGUGACAAAAAGAAAAUAAUGACCACUUCCCGCAUUCAAAAUAACGCUGUCGUUAAAGUUAAAUCGAAUACCGAUUCGCAUAGCCUACCAAAUAAUAACCGAUCUAGGCCAUCACACCACAAUAGUCCCACUUCGGGGGACAACAGGAAGACCGAGAGAGCCGAUAAAAAAUGUUGUUUUUGUUGGUGCGGGUGUUGUAAAUGUUCAUGGCUCCCGACCCAAAACGAACGAAAAAGUAGCAUCAAAAAGCGUGAAUCAAAGCACGAAUCCAUCGUUUUAACCGAAGCAGAGCCGAUAACUUAUGACGAAGUUCGAACAUGGGGAACCUCCUUCGAAAGGGUGAUGAAAACGCCAAAUGGACGGGCUACCUUUCGCGACUUUUUGAAGCACGAAUACAGCGAAGAGAACAUGCUAUUUUAUUUAGCUUGCGAAGAAUUGAAGAAAGAAAAAUCCCAAGAAGCGAUAGAAGAAAAAGCGCGCCUAAUUUAUGAAGAUUACAUAUCUAUUUUAUCGCCUAAAGAAGUGAGCUUGGAUUCUAGGGUUAGAGAAAUAAUCAAUCAAAAGAUGGUAGAUCCCACCAAAGAUACAUUCGAAGAAGCUCAAUUGCAAAUAUACACAUUAAUGCACCGAGAUUCCUAUCCUCGCUUUUUAAAUUCCGUAUUUUAUAAAAAAUUACUCGACCAAUACAAAAACAGUACUCCAGAAAAUAAAUGAAUAGUGGUGUAAAUAUUUAUAUAACCUCAGUAAUGAGAGUCCAAGCAAAUCAAAAAACAAUCAAAAACGUCAUUCAAAUAGAUUAACAAACCACGUGUAGAUUUAAAAUACCCGCAAAUUAGAUAUAAUUUUUCUAGAUUUUAUAUGCAGUCUAAACCAGCUUAUAACAAUUUCUCAGGGGGACAAGAAAUUUAAAAGCUAAAAGCGGGGAAGACAUUAUAAAUAUACGCUUGUUAUAUUAAAUCGGAAUCUGAAUGAUAUAAUUUAUGAAUGUGCAAUUUUGUUUCUCCAAGCUGGAUUAUUGGAGACUUUUGACGUA